AUGAGUGACAAAUUGCUUGCCCAGAUCUUUGCCUUGGUACCCUCCUGCAUCACUCAAUAUCAGGAGUUUGCACUGGGUAUGAUGCUGUGCAUCCUCUGCACCAUCCCAGAAGGUCAAAUAGCCUGGCCAAAGGGGGAAGAGUUUGAGAAGCUUUCUGAUCUUGUGACAGCAAGGCACCCACUGCUCAAAGGGGCUUUUGGGUCAAUGGAUGGCCUCAACCUGCCUACUGCAACAUCUAGAGAGCUCAUUCAUGCAGUGAUCAAUGCCCCUGGAAGCUGGCAUGAUGCAAGAGUUUCUUCUGCCAUAUAUGAACAGCUCAAGACCAACACACCAGAAGGAUUUUUCCUGGCUGCUGAUACUGCUUUCCCACAUAACCGGAGCAGCCUGCGCACCAAGAUCAUGACCCCACUGAAAAGUGGGUCAUGCACAACCAUGGCAAACCUCAAAUUCAUCGAACAGCUUGUGUCAUACUGCCAAUCGGCAGAAUGGGGAAUGCAUUCAAUCCAGGGCUCAUUUGAAUCAAACAAUGCACAGGCUUGGCACAGCCUGCUUGAGACUAUCUUCUGCCUGCACCAAAUCAGAGUGUGUAGGGGAAUCAUUUGCAUUCAGGUGGUGCACCCAGUUCAAUGCAUUGGGUAA